AUGAGCAGGAUUUUGCCAACAUCGCGGGCUGCGGCUCGGCGGUUUCCAUUACAGGCGUCCAACCGGUGGCAACCACCACCUUCAGUGGCCCUGCUCUCGACGUCACAACCAUUGUGCGAUAAGAUCCGCCAGGCACACCCGCGGGGCGCCUACUACGACCUCCUCCUCACCAGUCCUCCGCCGUACGCUGCUGUCAAGAGUGAAGAGCCUCCUACCACGGCAAAGUCAGCUCCUGCAACUCCAAAGACGCCGGUGCCCGUCUCAGCGUCCUCCUCGUCUUCCACGCCAACGAAGCCCGAAACUGUUUCAGAGCGUGCUCGCAUUGUGUUUGGCUCGCGACUCGCAGGCCCGGCCGAGCGUGCCGAACGGCUGGCCCGGAUCCGCGACCGCAGCCAGAUGAUUGCGGGCGUGCUGGUACCGCCGCAACCUGAGGAGCCGGAAAACUGCUGCAUGAGCGGCUGUGUCGACUGUGUCUGGGACCGGUACCGGGACGAGAUAGAGGGCUGGGCACAAGCGAGUGCGGAGGCCAGCCGAAGACUGCAGGCGCAAGAGAGUGGAGUUGCGGCCAGUGUGGGCACAGGAACGUCGCCUGCAGGCGUUGCUACCACGCAGGGACGUACGCCCCAACCGGGCGCCGUGAGCAUGGAUGAUGACGGUGGCGGAUCCAACACCAACUGGGACCUCGGGCCGCCGACCGUAUCAACACCGGUGUCAAGCAAGGGCGACAAGGACUUCUGGGACGACGAGCUGUACAAGGGCCUACCGGUGGGGAUCCGGGAAUUCAUGAAGCAGGAGAAGCGCCUGAAGCUGAAACACAUACGAGAGGGCACGCUCGGCGGUUGA